AUGGAUGUCACUGAUAUGUUAACGGAGACAAUACCGUGUCCUGUAUAUAUCUCAAGUCCUUCAGCAAUAUCAUCAGAGGUGCUGCGGUCUUUAAAGACAGAUCCUCCAUCGGCAUCCCUAUUCACAGCGUCUGGGCUUUACCGGGUGCCGGGAAUUUCGGAAGUCCGCCUGGCAUCAAUCAUCCAAUCCACGACGAGACAGAUUCUGAGGGCAAAUAGUUCGUCGCACCGGACACCAGACGAGGCGCCUACCACCUUCCAUGGCUUUCAGAACCUGCCUCCCGAGUUACGUCUGCGGAUUUGGGCAUUGAGUUUGCCACCACCACGGCUGGUACCCCUCACCUAUUCUCCAAUAUCACAGUCGCCAUAUAAAUGUGACUGGGAUGGUUGUACUUCGACAUGCCCGAUACCAGCGAUACUUCAUGUAAACAGAGAAAGCCGCACAUAUGCAACAGGGAGGAACGGCUUUGCUUUAUCUUUAAAUCUCAUUUAUACUCAACCAAAGAUCUGGUUCAAUCAUUCGACUGAUGUCUUGUACUUCUCCGAGCCAAGCAGACGGAAAUACUUCAUUGGCCGAGGAUUGCUGGAAAGCUUCGGAAACUUCCACAAUGCAACCUCUUUAAUUGACCGAAAGGAGUUGGGUAGAAUCAAGAGGCUGGCUAUUGAUGUGGAUUUAUUCAAAACCCGUUGGCUCAAUAACGGGCGGCGAAAUGAGGAGGACCCGCUACUAUUCCAAUUCUGGGAGCACAUGAGGAGCAAGUUCAUAGGUCUCGAGGACAUUACGUUUGUCCUUCCCAAUCAGGCCUUAAAUGCUACAGCCAAAUUGCCACAUUCAGGUGUAUUUUUGCCGGUUGAAUGGUUGCGCGAAAAGGAGUUGGAAGAGAGAGCCGAGUACUUUAGCAGAAGAGUUGAAAAGGUGGUGUCCAUGUUGGGCGGGGUGCUCCAUUCCAGCGCAGGGCCAGUCCAGUGGAGAGUACCAUACUGGAGGAUACUCGUGCCUGAGCAGAGUUGUAAUACCACUUGA